AUGAGAAUCACCGGCACAUCCAGCUCGCUGCGAGUGCGCUCGCCAGCAGCAGAUGCAUAUGACGACCGCAUGCUCUACCCGCGUCAAGCUUCUUCAUCAUCGUCUUCGUCAUCGACAUCAGCCUCUUCUUCCUCGCCCUCGUCCUCGGCAUCCGCCAGCACGGCGUCCUCCUCCUCUUCAUCUUCCACCUCGGCAUCUCCAUCAUCAACGGGCUCGUCCGGCUCCAGCGGAAGCGGCAUCCCCAAUAGUGGCAUGGGCUCACCCGCCGCAGGCUCGCUCAACAGCACACGCAUCGUGCUAGGGCGAGGAUUCGCCAAUGGCCAGCUCACCUACAAUGUCCCGCUCACCAUCGCAAAUCAGCAGCUCAACGCCCAACUCGACACUGGCAGCGGUGAUCUCUGGCUCGCGAAUCAGGACUGCGAUGACGAUUCUUGCCGCGGUCACCAAGGCCUGUCCGUCACCAAAUUCAACGACCGUUCCGACUCGGUCGUCGACCAAGAUACCCCAUUCAACAUCAGCUAUCUUCUCGGAUCUGCGGAAGGCCAAGUCAAGACCGCAUCCAUGCUCUUUGGCGACCCAUCCACAACCCGACUCACCAUCAAUUCGCAGGCAUUUGGCUCGUGCAACCAGGUCUCCAAUGAGGAUAUGGAUUCGGGCAACUUCUCGGGUAUCAUCGGAGUCGGCCCUCCUGCCAAUAGUCUGAUCCAGGCCGACCUCAACGCCACGAGUAACACCGCCUAUCUCAACGUCAACGUCCGUCCACCCGAGACCGGUGCCGUCCUCGCUGGAUUCUGGUACAAUGCUCGUCCUGGCCGUAGGUUCAUGGGCAUCGGUCUGCAGCGUCUCGAGGAGGACGGUGGCUCUGGCGACAGCGUCUUGACCGUUGGCAACCACGACCCUGCCUACGCGGGCAGCACCGACCCCAACAUCAACUUCACCAGCGCCAUCGGCGACGCAGACGGGGUAGUACGACACUGGCGUGUUCCUCUCACCGAGAUCUCAGUCCUCAUGCAGCACGGUAUUUCGGAGCCCAUCCCUAUCGGCAUGUCGAGCGUGAUAUCCGGCUCCAAUCCCAUCGCCGUCUUCGACUCGGGCGCCAGCGUCAACCUGGGUCCCGAAAGCACCCUCGAUGCGAUGUAUGGUGCUUGGGGCAUCGGUCCCGCUUCCGAUGGCGGCUACUACGUACCCUGCGACCUUCAGCUCAACAUUACCCUCGGACUCGGCGGCAUUCGCAUCCCCAUUCACCCGCUCGAUGCCAGUCUCACCACCGGUUCGGGCAACGGCCCCUCUGGCGACGGCUCCGUGUGCCUUGGCUCGUUCCAGGCACUUCGUUCGCUCUCGAGUGCAUCCAAUGGCGCCAACCUCAACGCCAGCUUCCUGCCAGCCGACUUUGUGCUCUCGCCCGCCUUCAUGCGAAGCGCCUACACUGUCUUUUCGUGCGACGGCGGACUCAACGCCACUGCAGCACUGGCCGCCAACAUGACCACCAGCAGCCCAUGCCAGGCCUCAGUCGGUCUGCGUCCGCUCGUCAACAUGACCACUGCGACGCAGCAGUUCACCGCAGUGCGAGUGAAGAAGCAGACGCUCGGUCAGUCGGGCCUGCACGGCGGCCACAACUCCGGGUCCGGCAACAGCAAGGGUCUCUCGGAGGGUAUCAAGGUUGUCAUUGGCUGUGUUUCUGCCAUUGCUGUCAUUGGUGUUCUAUUCGGUGUUGCGCUCUGGCGUCUGCGCAGGAGGCGUCGUCGCAUUGCAGCUGCUCGCGCUGCGCUGCUUGCACAAGGCGAAAAGUCGCGCGGCAGUGGAUUUGCCGGCCCUGGCUCUGGCAGCAGCAACGGUCACGCCAAGAAGCAGAGCAACCCGUACAGCGGCGUCAAGAUCGACGGUGUCAACGUGCCCAUGGAGCUGCUUGGCAAGGAUGACGACAGCAGCAGCCAGGUCGUUCUUUCGCCCGCGCAGCGCGCCAAGGCGCGUCAGGUGCACCACAUCCACGGUGUCUUUGACGAUGAGCUGCACGACGACGACGUUGGCCGCGGCGCUGACCCGCAGUGGGGCGAGGAGACCCCGGCCAUCAACCCGCAGAACCUCCACGCCGCAGGCCUGUUGAGCUGGGACGUCUCCUCCACGGGCUACGUCGACGCUCGUCAAGUCAAGAACGCCUACCUCGCCUCUCUCACACCGGAAGAGCGCAAGGCGUUCCUCGAAGCGUCUGCCGCUAAAAGCCAGGAGCAGUCAGCAUCGAACCACGAGCUGGACGAGCAGAGCGUCCAGUACACCCAAGCGACGCACGACAUGCCGCCCUCCGAAUCCGGCUUCAGCUCUCAUUACCAAAAUCGCGAUAGCACGCGACCCUCGUCGGCAGCACCUCUGCUGCAGAACGACGAGCUGCGUUGA